AUGUCAACGAACAACCAAAAGUUUCCAUCGUUACCGAUUCCCAUGUACUUUUUGCCGUUUGAGGAUCAAGACACGUGGAUUACCUUCACAUUAAAUUUCUUAUCACAAAUAAAAGCUACGUCUGAAGCUAACUUCUUUGGAGUUCUUGGAUUUAGCAUCUUUAUUUGCGUCGUGCAUCAUUGUUUCAUCGUCCUUGGAGUCAUCAACGAAACAAUUUCAAAAAUGGGAGAAAAUUUGAAAUUUUUAACGGUUGAUCAGUGGAUCCAACAAAUUGUGCAGCAAAUUAACGACGUAAACGCUGCUUAUUCUGAGCUAUCGGAUUUAUUUUCAACAUUUUUUCUGAUUCACGAAAUGGGAGUUUUCUGUGCCUUGUUGGUUUCUGCCUUUCUAAUUGUAAUUUUGAAGCAACAACAAUUAUUUGGUCUCGGAGUCACCAUGUUCGCUGUUUGCUUAUUCAUCAUUUGUUACAUUAACGAUGCGAUUUUGGGAAGAUUUAGUGACGUUUCAAAGAAAUUUUAUAAUGAAAUUCCGUGGUACGAGCUUUCGCCGUGCGAAAGAAAAUCCAUUUUAAUGGCGAUGAAUUGCAAGAAGAUCCAAUUUGGGUUCACAGCAUCCGGCACUCACAGAGUACGAAUAACGAGAUUUACGAAAAUCAUUAAAAUUGCAUACACGAAUAUUGUGGCGUUGAAGAAUUUGGUGGAAAAAUAA